GCUGAGAGGAGGCAUUUGCUUUGAGGCUGCCUGGAAGAAGGAGGGGAGUGUGGCUGCUGUUGCUGCGAAAGCUCUCUCUUCCCUGGACUCCAGCCCUGCUCUCCUGCUCUGUCUUUCUCCCUUCCUGGGCUUGGAAUAACGUCGCAGCCUCGGUUGAAGCAGCAGGAGAUUUGUUUUUUCGAGGGGGGACCCUGAAGGCGAGAGGCUGGAGCCAAGAAAGGGCGCCUUUGGGGGGACAUCAGCCCAGGGCAGCGCCCAGAUGAGUGACUUUGGAAUCAAGAACAUGGAUCAGGUGGCGCCGGUAUGCAGUUUGUAUAGAGGACUGCUCAAGCGACAACCUGCAUUUGAUAGCUUUGAAAGUGCAAACUCUUUGUUUAUGGGAUACUUUCCCUCCUUAAAUGAAGAUCAGACACUUCAGGAAGUGCCUACAGGCCUUGACUCUAUUUCUUAUGAAUCAAAUAGCUGUGAGUUGCCUCUCUUAACUCCAAGCAGUAAAGCUGUCAUGAGUCAAGCUUUAAAAGCAACUUUCAGCGGCUUCACAAAGGAACAACGCAGAUUGGGCAUACCAAGCAAUCCGUGGUUAUGGACGCAGCAUCAGGUGUAUCAGUGGCUUCUCUGGGCUGCCAAUGAAUUUAGUUUGACAAAUGUGAACUUUGAGAGGUUUUCCAUGAAUGGUCAAGAUUUGUGCAAUCUGGGAAAGGAACAUUUCUUGGAAUUAGCACCUGAUUAUGUGGGUGAUAUUCUGUGGGAACACUUGGAGCAGAUGAUAAAAGACAAUGAAGAAAAGCCACAGGAACAGUAUAUGGAAAAUUCUCAUCUCACUUCAUCUCCACAAUGGGUCAACAACAACACAUUAGGUAUUGACAUUGAUCAAGCACAGUAUUGUGCUCAGGUACCUAGCUAUCCAAAAACACUAACCUAUCCAAAAACCAGCCUUCUGGGUGACUUAUGCCAGCCAUCAACAGGACCAAAUCUUGUUCAUUUGAAACAAGAAUAUCAGAUGUUUCCUAAAGCACAGCUAGAAACAGUCAAUGUGAAUUAUUGCACCAUGAAUCAGGACUUCACAAGAAACAAUCUGAACAUGCUGUUGGAUAACUCUGGUAAACCUCGGGAGCUUGAUUCUAGCGACAGUGGCACAGAAAGUUAUGAGAGCUCAGAUUCAUUGCUACAGUCUUGGAACAGCCAGUCCUCUUUAGCAGAUGUUCAGCGUGUGCCAUCCUAUGAGAGUUUUGAAGAUGACUGCAGCCAGUCGCUAUGUCUAAACAAACCCACAAUGUCCUUUAAAGACUACAUUCAAGAAAGAAGUGACCCUGUGGAGCAAGGGAAACCAGUUAUACCAGCAGCAAUUCUAGCAGGAUUUACAGGCAGUGGACCUAUACAGCUGUGGCAAUUCCUUCUAGAACUUUUAACUGACAAAUCGUGUCAGUCGUUCAUUAGCUGGACUGGGGAUGGAUGGGAGUUCAAACUUGCUGAUCCAGAUGAGGUUGCAAGGCGAUGGGGCAGAAGGAAAAACAAGCCCAAAAUGAACUAUGAGAAGCUUAGCCGUGGCCUGCGCUAUUACUACGAUAAGAAUAUUAUUCACAAGACUUCAGGGAAGCGUUAUGUAUACCGUUUUGUGUGUGACCUACAGAACCUGUUGGGGUAUACAGCAGAAGAGCUGCAUGCAAUGCUAGGUGUACAGCCAGAUACAGAGGACUGAAACUUUGCAAUCUUGUGGCAUUGAUGCAAAAUGCAAGAAUGGAUGAACUGUGAUUGGGACCUUCUGCAUCAGUCAUUGGUUUUAUCCUCUGGCUGUUUAGAGGGGUGUACUGUUAGCGACCUUAAAAGAAGUGUUUCUGUUGCUGUGGAAGGAAAGAAAAGGCCUUAUUCUUGGGCUCUCUGGCUUCAGAUCUUGCUACAUCUGUGCUCUUGAACAGCCUUGAGGUCAGCACAGUCCCCAGCUAUAACCUGAACAUAAUGAAAGUGUUUGAGGGUUCAUUCCCUGGGUUAUGUACACUGUUGUACAAUUAAGGGUGUUUACCCCCUACCAAAGGCUGAUAGCCAUUGGAAUUUCUAGUGCAAAAAGAAACUCUCCUCAAAUAGCAACUUUGCAGAUGUCAACAUGUCAUGGUGUGUGUGCUUAUAACAGAAAAGGCAAGCUAUCGUAUAUUUAAUACAGGUGCUGAAAUGAAUUUACAGUGGGCAUUCUUUCAAAGUAUGUGGUUUCACUACUCAGUGCCCAUAAACAGGUUGCCUAGCCUUAGAGGCAGGUGGAUCAAUGACAGAAAUCCCUCAGAGGGUGGGAGAAAUUCAUACCAUUUUGGACAUCUAUAUAUGUCUGUGUGUGCAUAAUAUGUGUAUGUGUGUUUGUAAGCAUGUUUGUAUGAUUCAAUGGCAAUUUAUGCUCCUAUUUAAUAGAUAUUGUAUACUGUAAUUUAAGCUCAUAUAAGCAUCUGAAUGAGAAAGAAAGUAACUGUUUCAUUUUGGAACAUCAGCAUCUGGAAGAAUUUACUCUGUAAAGGGAGUUAAUGAAAUAGUAUAGAAUAGGCACAUGCCAAGUGCCAUUGUGCAAGAUGGUGUGGUCACAGCUACCAAACUCUUGAAGCAUUUUUUCCCCACAAGAGACUAAUAGUGUAGAAUAUAGGAUAAAAACUCAGUUUGUGACCUUUCCUCCUACAUGAAAUUGAACAGGUUAAUAUUGUUUAAAACAUAUUUAUUGAUGGGUAUCUCCUGUGCAUGUCAUUUAAAAAUGUAUAUAUAAUGUUUGUUUUUCUUUCAUUUGAAUAUUUUCCAUCCUCUUUCCCUAAUUUGAGAAUUACCUUAAUUAAAAUAUGGAUUCUAUUUUUGGUAAUUUUUCUGACUCCUGUACAGCAAUUAGGAGAAAAAUGUGUAGCAGCUAUUUUUACUGCAAAAAAAAAAGUUCACUGGAAAAUGUAAUUUGUAAGAAGAUUAUUUUUUAUCUGAGGUUGAUGUAAAUUAAAAUGUACAGCGUGAGGUUUAAAGAUAUCAAAUUUUAUUAAAACCUCUUGAAAAAGA